AUGUUUCUCUACACUCCUUUUCCUUACAGUUACAUUCUCUCCUUGGCUUUAGCUGAUCUCUUAGUUAUAAUCGUUUGUGUUCCCCUAGCCAUUUUGGUAUAUACCACCGACAGUUGGACAUUUGGCAAGAGUAUGUGUCAAGUAACAGAAUUUUUCAAAGAUGUUUCUAUAGGUGUUUCGGUUUUUACCCUAACCGCUCUGUCGGGUGAGCGUUACUGUGCCAUAGUAAAUCCUUUAAGAAAAUUACAGACAAAACCAUUAACGGUUAUAACGGCUGCCAUGAUUUGGCUUUUGAGCAUAACAUUUGCCACACCUUCACUAGUAAUGUCUGAUUUACAACACAUACUAAUCGAUGAUAAAACUAAUCUAACCAUAAUAAUCUGUACACCAUUUGGUAAGCAGCGCAACAAUUCUGAAAUUUAUGCCAGAUAUGUAGUGGUAACCAAGGCAUUUGUGUACUAUUUGUUGCCACUAUUUAUAAUUGCAGUUUUAUAUCUGAUGAUGGCCCAACGUUUACAUGUCAGUGCACGUGAUAUGCCCGGUGAAACGUUAAGUAUGCAGAGUCGUUCCCAAGUACGAGCAAGACGUUAUGUGGCCCGUAUGGUAGUGGCAUUUGUAGUGGUGUUUUUUGUUUGUUUCUUUCCCUAUCAUUUGUUUGAAUUGUGGUUUCAUUUGAAUCCCACAGCACGCGAAGAUUUUGAUGAGUUUUGGCAUACAAUACGUAUAAUUGGAUUUUGUACUUAG